GUCAAAUCCAUUCCCAAUGGCAAAGGUCCCCUCCCACUCAGGACUGCUAAAACUGCAGACCCGCUCACACCCACAGAGGGCAGCAUCAGGGUCUGGUCAGACUUCCUCCGCGUCCACCUCCAUCCCCGAAGCAUUUGUAUGAUUCAGAAGUACAACCAUGACGGGGAGACAGGUCGGCUGGAGGCUUUCGGCCAAGGGGAGAGUAUCCUGAAGGAACCUGGGUACCUGGAAGAGCUGGAGGACAGGCUACACUUCUACGUGGAGGAGUGCGACUACCUGCAGGGUUUCCAGAUCCUGUGUGACCUGCAUGAUGGCUUCUCUGGGGUCGGUGCUAAGACCGCAGAGUUACUAAAGGACGAGUACUCAGGGCGGGGAAUAAUAGCCUGGGGCCUGCUCCCUGGUCCCUACAGCCUUGGGGAGCCCCAGAAGAACAUCUACCGUCUGUUAAACACAGCUUUCGGCCUGGUGCACUUGACCGCUCACAGCUCUCUCGUCUGCCCCUUGUCCUUGGGUGGGAGCCUGGGCCUGCGACCCGAGCCGCCUGUCGCCUUCCCACACCUGCAUUAUGAUGCCUCUCUGCCCUGCCACUGCAGUGCCAUCCUGGCCACCGCCCUGGACACAGUCACUGUUCCUUAUCGCCUGCGUUCCUCGCCACUUUCCAUGGUUCACCUGGCUGAUAUGCUCAGCUUCUCUGGGAAGAAGGUGGUCACAGCAGGAGCCACCAUCCCCUUCCCUUCAGGCCAGUCCCUUCCUGACACCCUGAUGCAGCUUGGGGGAGCCACCCCGUGGAUCCCGCUGUCUGCAUGUGGGGACCCAUCUGGGGCACGCUGCUUUGCCCAGUCCGUGGUGCUGAGGGGUUUAGACAGAGCACGCCACACCAGUCAGCUCACCCCAGGGACACCCCUGCCCUCUCCACUCCACGCCUGUGCCACUGGGGAAGAAGUCUUGGCCCAGUACCUGCAGCAGCAGCAGCCCACAGCCCUGAGUUCCUCCCACCUGCUGCUGACGCCCUGCAAGGUGGUUCCUCCGUACCCACGCCUCCUUUCCAGCUGCAGCCAGCUGGGUUUGCUGACGGAUGCUCCCCCAACGAGGGCAGCAGCGGCGAGCAUCCCGGUGUUUGGGGCCCUGUGUUCCUCUUCGUCCUUGCACCAGGCCCUGGGAGGCCUGGCCAGAGAGCUCGCCAGACUCGACUUGCGGCGCUGGGCCAGCUUCAUGACACCCUCUUGCCAGGCCGCCUCCUUGGUUCCUCUGCUUACCUCAGCAGGGGUCUUGUUGCCCAGCUGCUGGGAGAUGACGCUAAAUGUCUGGGGCUGGGCUCCUUGUUCCUGGCACAUGGUGAGAAUCACACGGUCAGCUUCCCUGUAA